UAUCUUAGCUAAUUUAGUUGCAAGUUACAUUUUAAUUAGUUAAAAUGGCGAGUAAGUCCAAAUUGGCUACAGGUAAAUUUAAAACCAGCACUCAGCCUAACAGCACUCAACUGAAAAGUCUGGAAACUCUGAAAUUUGAGAAAAAUAAGAAAACCGUGAUCGCAGAAAAGGCUGAAUUAGAGGACGUCAUUCUGAAACAAAGGAUAAAGAUCGCCAAAUUAGAAAAGAUAAAUAAAACUGAAACCGCUAAGUGCGCAACUCUCAGCUCACAGCUCAAAGAUUAUCAAAGCAGAUACAAAGCGUCAGAGAAGAGAUGCAUGGAGGUCAAAGAGGGAUGUGAGGUUUACCAAAAAGAGUGUACCGUGCUAAAAGACAAGCUCGUCAAACUCAGGGAAGAAUCCGAAAGCAAACUCGAGACCCAAGGCAAGAAAAUUAAAGAUAUGACCGAAAAGAUGGUCGCCAACAGAUCUAAAAUGGCGGAGUUACACACACAAUUAACGAAUCAGCAGGCCGAAUGGGAAAAUAAGUACAAUAACCUUUUGCAAAAUUUACAAGAGGCACAAGAGCUUGUUAAUAAAACGAUAAAAGAAAAAGAGGACAUUGCCAGCGAACUGACCAAGGUAAAGGAAGAUCACCAAAGUCAAGUUAAAAGCAUCCUCCAACAAAACGACAAAGAGGUCGAAAAAGUGAAGCAAUCCGUCACCAACUUACAUAUACAAAUACACGACCUCAAUUACACAAAUAGGGAGUUACAAACAAAUAUUAAGAGACUGGACAAAGUGAUCAGAUUGAAAAAUAAAGAAAUUAAUGAUCUGAAACACCAGAUACAAGUUCAAGACCACACAAUUGAGACAAAUAAGACGGCUCUGCGCUUACAGACCAAAGAGAAGAAGAAACUACUGGAGCAGCUGGACGAACAACAACAAAAAGAAACGAUACUAGAAAGUAGCGUCCACUUAAGUAAGAAAACGCAACAUGUUUUGCAGGACGAGGUCGAUGAGUUAAAAAAGCACGAGAAAAAAAUUAAACUCGACCUUAAAAUGAUGAGGGAAGAAAAUCAGGACAUGAACGAAAAGUUGCAAUUCUGCAAAAGCAAACUCAAAAUUUCUCAGUCGACUUUGAAAUCUGAGAAGGAAAAGUAUGAAAUCUUAGAAUGCAAGCAGCGCAAUAUUCUGGCAGGUCUGGAAGGCUGUCGAGACGUUUUACAAGACCGCGCCAAGCUCAAGAAGAAGGUUUCGUCCAUGAUCGAAUACUACAUCGCAGGUAACACUAAAGCCAUUGUAGAUAAGGACGCACACUAUUUGAACAGUCAGUUGGUGGAGUAUAUACAAUUUUACAAAGAGCGCACAGAAAGAAUUUUAACUCACUACGAGAGGGAGAAGAUACGGAACGCCAAAGUCGCGCACAACGCUAAAAAACGCGACCUCAAUGAAAAAAUGGAUCUCAUCAACUACAUCCACGACCAGCGAAUGCAACAAAAGAACGAACCUGCUAAAAAGCACACUAGGCAGGUUAGCAAUUCAAAUUUAGCCAUGUGCAAGCAGUAUCGGCUACGUAGUUCAGUACAUGGUGGAUACUGCUGACCACAAGGAACAUGGAGGCUCCAGACUUACUCACCAAAACCUCUAAA